UAACAGUUGUUUCCUGCAUUCAUUGAUGUAUCAAAGCUUAAGAGUGAAGGAUGAAGACAAGAUGGUUCCGUAUAAGCUCUUAUAUAAACGGUAUCUCUUCGUUUGAUUCCGGCAUAUAUUUCACUUCACUAAAAUUGAGAUAUACCGUUCCCCACCCCCCAAUUUGUCACCCCUCAAUUUUUUUUCAAAAAUGGUCGGAAGGCUGAGUUUGAUCGAUUUUUAGUUUCCUGACUUUUUUGCCCCUGGAUCGAUUUUCAAAAACAUCUUUCGUGAUUUUGACUAUAAGUACGGCAGUAUAGUAGUGUAUAAAAACAUCCUGAAGCCCCACCUGCAUGCUAAAAAUCUUAUCUCAUUUUGCGUACUAUUGUAGUAGAUAACAAUCGAGAGCUAAUACACAUACCAAUUUUUUUCACAAUCUAUUCUGUAAAUAUUUGAACAUUUUUCGGAUCAACAAAGUGGAUUUUGUUUUGUUGCAGUACCUGCUAAUUCCAUGUGAUGCAAAAAUGUCAUAUCGGAGCUAUAGUCCCACGAUUAUUGGUAGAGCUGGUGAAAAUGGCUACUCUUGGUAUGAGUGCAGCUGCUGUCCUUAUGGAUACCAUAUUGACUUGGAUUUUGUUCGCUACUGUGAAUCUAUCAGUAAAGAAGCAGAUAGUCGAACAGGAUCCAUCAAGAGAAGAAAGGACAGGAGAAGACAAAGACAAUCUAUGGAAGUACUAUUGGGACUUGCUCCUCCUAUCAUAACACCUUUGGAGCAAAAUUACCAGGUCAUAGAGGAGAAAAAUUCACCAAAUAUAACGAAAACAUCAAGGAGUUUUAGUUUUAACGACGGUUUCAAUGAUGCCGUUUCCGACUUCGAGAAAACUUUGCAACGAUCCAACAAAAAGAGACUGUCUAACAAUUUACCUGAUGUCACCGCUGUUUCUGCUUCCAGCCCACUGUCUGGCUUGUCUUCAACGCCAGACGGCUCUGGAAGGCCAGACCUAGAUGGCUUCUCCCACGAAUGGACUGGUAUGAGUCCUUUGACUCUACAAAACAUCAGGGAGCAGAUGGCAUUGAGCUUAGAAAGGACUAAACAGUUAGAAGAUCAAGUCAAAUUACUACCGGAACUCAAGGAACAACUAUCUACGUUGAAAGAAGAAAACCAACGCUUGUUAACGAAACUGAAAGACGGAAGGACAGAAAAACUAAACUCUUUGAAUAAAACUUAUAAUCGCCAAAGAUCACAAUCGUUCACAGACGACUUGGACGGUUUAGAUUCGCUAACGUCGAGAAAAGUUACACCGCCUAAAAAAGAUUGCGGAGUUAUGUGUGGCGUUCUUACGCGUAAUGUAGGUGUGGGCCACCAAAAUCCAAACACAAAAAGUGUCUCUACGAGUACUUUGGAUACUGAGGGUUUUGCCGACAAGUGGCUGCACGAAAAAGCGAAGCUAUUGAACAGCAAUCAUUUGCUGAGCGCGCCUGAUUCGUAUAAGAAGUUUACAGUUUCUAAGGAUACUCAAACACAACGAAAAAUUGCUAAAGACGCUAGCGCUCAGUUCAAGUUUGAACCCCCACCUGUUCCUAAACAUGAUCAGCAUUGCCAGACAGCGAAAGUAAGGAAGAGCGUAAAUCAUGUUGGUGUUUUAGUAAAAACAAGGUCCUCGGACGUUUCUAUACAGAAAAUUGUAGACAGUUGUACAGUAGGAUCUUCCGAAGACACUGUAGAUAGUAUCAUAUGUGAUAAUUGCAAUAAACUUAAGAAAACAGUAGGUGUAGGUCCAGAUAGAAACGAAGAUGCUUAUACAUCACCAGUAUCACUUGCUUUACUUAACUCGAGGAGCAAAUCCUUCAACCUAGGCGAAGAUAGGUUGAAUCUGACUAGGACUAGAACAAUAGGAUGCCAGUAUGACAAACACAGUACAAAUAGGUCUUGUCAAGCAGACAUUAAACUGAAAUCUCACGCGAAAUCUUGCCAGUCAGAGCCAAAGUUGUCAGAAAAAAGCACACAAUAUGAGAGAAAUUCAGCUUCUAAAGGUACCGACAUGUUCGAACUGAUCCCAUCAAAGAGGCAUGUAGGAUGUGAAGCUAAAGAAACUAAACCAACCACAACUGAUGCAGCAAGCAACACGCACGAGUAUAUGUGUGGAAAAUGUGAGAAGGAAAAGGACGAAAUGAGGGAUAGUUUUAAAAAAGAGGGAGGUAGUCCGACACCGUCUAGGAUUCCUAGACCACAAAUACCAACGACACCAGUGGAAACAAGGAAGCUGCGAAGGCAGGACACAUACACCAAAGUGUACGGAUCACCGACAGAGCAACACUCUCCUCUAACAAGGUUAUCGGGAUUAGACUUGUCACCUAAAGGAGAAACAUCACCUAUCGAUAAAGUUAAGCAAAACUUUAAGCAAUUAGCAGACGUAUCAACUUCUCCAGGCGCUCAAAAUGGUGUUUCCUCCACACCAAUCACCAAAGUUCACGUUCAGGAAAUCACACUACCCGUAUCAGAAUCAACAAUUUUCCAGCCUAUUCAUAAUCAAAACAGAAAAAAGGCUGUACCAAGCAAGGAAAUGCAAGGAGCUAUGAAAGUCCUGAAUGACAUGCUCCAAAAGACUGCUGCUAAAAACCUCAAAAAUCAUAGUGCUACAAAUAUCAUCCAACAAGAGUGGUUCACAAUAUCAAGCCUAAUAACUGCCAAUCCCCUAGAUGUAGAAGACUACUUGGACGCACUAGAAGACAUGUCAAGUCAUUUGCUAGAAUUUGUGGUGAAUCUGAGUGACUCGAGUGGCAACACUGCUAUGCACUAUGCUGUGUCUCACAGCAAUUUUGAUGUUGUGUCCAUUUUGCUGGACUCGAAAGUGUGCGACAUCAACAAGCCAAAUAAAGCUGGGUAUACCAGUGUCAUGUUAGUGUCCUUGGCCGAAGUCAAUUCACAAACUCAUGCCAACGUUGUUAGGAGACUUUUCCAGUUAGCUGAUGUUAAUAUUAGGGCUAGCCAGCAUGGUCAAACGGCCUUGAUGUUAGCAGUAAGUCACGGUCACCUGGACAUGGUGAAAAUGUUACUGGAAGCAGGGGCUGAUAUCAAUAUUCAAGACGAAGAUGGAAGUACGGCUCUGAUGUGCGCCGCUGAGCACGGCCACAUUGAGAUCGUUAAACAUUUCCUCAGCCACCCAGACUGCGACUCCACUCUUACAGACGUGGAUGGUAGUACAGCACUGAAGAUUGCGAUGGAAGCAGGCCAUAAACACAUUGGUGUUCUUUUAUAUGCCCAUGAAAGGAACCUCCAAAAGGCGCAUAGUGGCAAAUUGAAGAAAACCAAAUCCCUCAGCCCCAAAACACCUUUGUCUCCUUUAGCUGCUAGAAGCAAUCGUGCCUUAAACGAAACAAGACCUAAGUAAACACUUAGUUGAUAAACAGUCAAUAAUGAUGGUUGUCGUUUUAAAUUUAUAUUGAAAUAAAUCCCCACGAGUGUGCUCAAAAGGAGAACAUAUUGCCUAAUUAUUUUUUCUUUAUAAACUGUUGACAUGGAGGAACGUUUUCUAGACAGUACAAAUAUACUUUUUCCAUAUUAUUGUUUUUAUGUCUAUAAAUGCCAAAAGUGUACCAUUUUUGUUUUUAAAAAAAAAAUCACUAUUUUUAUUAUAUUAAAGACGAAAAGCUUCAAUCAAGCGGUUCGAAAAUUUGGAUUUUACAAAAAAUAAUAAAUUCGCCUUUGAUCGUUUAAAAGAAAAUGAAACUUUAAAAUAAUCAUUUUUUGGCUUGAUAGAAGACGUUUGACCAUCUAUCUUUUAAAUCAUGCGUUUCUGUGUUAUUGUUAAACAUGUCUUAUUGUUAUUUAGAUAUUUGCCCAAAAAGGAUUUUAUUUUGAAAUUUUACUUAGUUCAUAUAAGAAAGGUCAACAAGAUGUGCUGAAAUUCUCACAAGGUGGCUUCGAGAGGUGCAUAACUCGGUACAUCCGCUUAUCUCAGAAAUCAGUCUAUGUAUAAUAGUAUCAAAUACAAGAGUUUUGUGGUUAGAAGCAAACUUUCAAUUGAUUGCAUUUUUGUAUAUGCAGUUUUGCCAGUCAGAUAUUUUAUUCUAUUUUCUGAUUCUGUGAAUAACUUACAUUCAAUUCAAUUGACUUUAUUAAAAAAUAAUAAAAAUAUGCACCAGGUUAUUUUGUUUGGUUUUUAAGAUUGAGAUUUAUUUCUUGGCAACGUCCUUGAUAGAUAUGACUGUAUUCUUUAUUUCAGUUCAUCAUAUACAAGGUGCAUAAAAUUCACAUUUGACAUUAAGGCCACACUCUGCCUGAUUGGAGGAAGAUAUCUAUUUCAUGGUGUGUAUAGAGAUGACUAAAAACAGUGUUAUCAAUUUUUUGGAAAAAAUGCAGUUUUUGAGCAUCUUUCUUCAGUUAUCUCCAUAAACACCAUGAAAAAUGCUUUAGUGCUAAGAAUGCUCCAAAUAGGCUGUUGGAAAAAAGGGAUGUGUGACGUUUAUCAAUGGAAUGUCACAUAUAUUUUGAUAUUGAGAUAAAAGGAUGGAUCUGAUCCUGUUUUCCGCCCUGUACAAAAACAGCCUUCUUGACGACUCCCUAUUGAACUUUAUUGUGCCUUGACAUUAUUUUUACACUGUGAAUCUUACAUUUCAGUUUUCUUGAUAAUACUACCUGGAAAACGAUCUUGGCAUUUUUAAAAUGUAAAUACUUAUGUAAAAAAUAUAACUCUCAGUUGAUCAACAUAAUGGCCACUAAUUUUAAAGAUGUACUAGAAAUAUAGAAUGACGAAGAAUCUUAAACGAAUAUUAGAGCUGUGUUGUGUAGAAACAAUAAUUUUCAAUAACUGUUUUAUAACUCUUGUAUGGUAGCUAGUUGUUUGAAUGUUGGCAUUUUUACGAUUUUAAGACUUACUUUUUAAUAUUGUCUUACCUUCUAUCUCCUAACGAGUUACAAAAAAUAUUCUCGGUUGAAAUUUGCUCAAAAAUAGAAUAAUUGAUUUCUGAAUUUUUUGGAGGUGUUUGUUGCAAAGUUCUAAAACCUCUAAUAUUCAUGUCUUUAAAAAUGUCAUUAAUCAUAAGAUUAAAAUUCAUUUUCCUCUUUUGGUGAUAGAAGGAAUCGAUAUUUUCCUCAAACUAUUUUGGUCCUUGUUAGAGUAGAAUUGGGACCAACUCUACCGGUUUUAUGGAAUAUAUUUUUUUAAUACAAGACUUAUUUUGUACCAGUUAACAUUCCAGUCAUUUUAAUGCUUUUUUCUUUUCUUAUGUAUUAAAAAUUUGUACUAUACUCUGUACAUUUAUACUUAAUAAACGUUUUUCAACUGUUUUCCUUUAUUCAAUCUCCACCCACCAUAACUUAGAAUCAUUUCCACUCUUUUGGCUAGUGUGUAAGCCACUUUGGAAGUAAAAGCUGAUUUUCACUAUUCCAAGAUUGUCACAGCAAAUAGACCAAUAGACGCUUAAGGCAGAGGAAAAGUGGCACGAGUCCAG